UAUCAAACUCUCCAAACUCCCAACAAUUAAAAACAAUGCUUGCCUUCUUGUGCCUAGUUUUGCAUCUAGUCAGUGCCUAUGGUUCCGCAUCCAAAGCGAAAAACAUAAUCAUACUAGCCGGACAAAGCAACAUGUCGGGGCGAGGUGGCGUGCAAAACAACACAUGGGACGGCGUUGUUCCUCUUCAAUCCAAACCCAAUAGGUCAAUCCUUCGUCUAACCGCCAAUCUCACUUGGGUCGAGGCUCGUGAGCCUCUACACAAGGACAUUGAUUUCCAGGUAACAUGUGGGGUAGGUCCCGGGAUGGUGUUUGCUAAUAGGAUGUUGCAAAGAGAUCCUAGCUUGGGUCCAUUGGGUUUGGUUCCAUGCGCGGUUGGAGGUCCAAUCGGGACUAAGAUUAGCGAGUGGGGACGAGGGACGUUCCUGUACAAGCAGCUUGUAAGGAGGGCUAAGGCGUCUCGGGUAGGGGGUGGUUCGAUUCGAGGUUUAUUGUGGUAUCAAGGGGAAAGUGACACAGUGAGUGAAAUGGAUGCAAAAAUGUACAAGAGAAGGCUGCUGAAUUUAUUCAACAAUCUUCGUUCCGAUCUUGGAUCUCCAUCACUCCCAAUUGUUCUUGUGGCUAUAGCUUCCGGAAAUGGACCUUACGUGGAAACCGUUAGAAAAGCACAAUUGGGAUUUAAGCUUCAGAAAGUUAGGUGUGUAGAUGCCAAGGGCUUGCCGUUGCUAAAAGAUAAGCGGCACCUUAGCACCCCGGCUCAGGUGCGCCUCGGUCGGAAGUUAGCCGACGCCUUCCUCGUGCAAGAACAUUCGGCCUCACCAAGCAAGGAUACCUCAAGCCCCUAGUGAUAUAGUGAAGAUCUAUCUAAAGACAUUACAUUGAUGACAUGGUGUAAUAGCAUUUAAGUUUUAAUAUGAUAACAAUAUAAAAAUAGUUGUGGUUAAGUUAUA